AUGGGUCCUGAUCAGCAUGCUCAAUUGGAUGCCUUCAGUCUCUUCCUCCCCUUCCCUUCUCGCGUUGCCGUCUUAUUGUUAGCAGGAUUCUGGGGUUGGGCUGCCAAUCUUCAGUAUCUCCAUCAGAAUAAUAUUGACGUCCUCGCAUUGAUCCGGUAUCAUACUCGGCAGUCUGCUAACCAACGGACGCCCCACGUCUCCGCGUACCAUCUCGCCGGCCUCCUGACCUUUCCUCUACUAUUGUCGCUCCUGAUCUUUUGGCCAGUCACCCACGGCUCCAGAGAAUGGGUUGAAUCCGUUGACUACAUUCCGCAAGCAUACCUCAUUAUCCUGUUCAUCCUCCUUCUACUCCCUUUCAACCGAUUAUCUCGAUCUGGACGGCGCAGAUUCCUAUCUACAUUACGACGUAUCAGCAUUGGCGGGCUAGCGGAAGCCCAAGACGGCAAAUUCGGCGAUAUUCUACUGGCGGACGCUCUUACAAGCUAUGCGAGAGUCAUUGCAGACCUUGUGGUUACCUUUUGCAUGUUCUUUAGUGCCGAGACGUCAAGCACAUCGAAACCGGACCGACACUGUGGCUUUAGCUUCACUAUCCCCUUGGUCCUUGCCAUACCAAGCAUCAUCCGAUUGAGACAAUGCUUGAUCGAGUAUUUCCGCGUGCGCCGAACAGGCUUCAAGAGUGGCAACACGGGCGGGCAACAUCUGGCCAAUGCUCUCAAAUAUGCCAGCGCCUUCCCGGUUAUUCUGAUUGCUGCGAAAUUGAGGAACUAUAGCCCUCUCAACUUCCACGGUAUCAGCGAAGUGACACUAUCUAGAGUCCUCUACUUCUUUACCUUCAUUAACUCUUCCUACUCUUUCUACUGGGAUGUCACAAAGGAUUGGGAUUUGACCUUGUUCUCCGAAUCGCGAAACGAUAACGAGUAUCCGUUUGGGCUACGUUACCACCGUUAUUUCACUGAUCGACAGUAUUAUACGGCCAUUGCUGUUGACUUUGCUGUCCGCUUCUCCUGGAUGUCCAAGUUCCUGCCAGGGUUCGGCUGGCUCAGUGAAACAGAGUUUGGACUUUUUGUGCUCAUGUUCUCCGAGGUCAUUCGUCGAUGGAUGUGGGUUUUUAUUCGAGUAGAAGCUGAGUGGAUUCGGAACAGCCGAGGGCCAGCCCCGAACGAUGUGCUACUUGGAGAAUACAGCGACAAACUGGACACAGACUGA